UACAUAGAUCAAACAAACCCAUAACAGAACCAAUCAAACAGUCAACAAUGGAUGCAGUUUGGAACAUAGAAGACAAGACAAAGAUAUCAACAGCUGGAGCAAUCGCAGUUUUUUCAUGCAUCACUCUUCUCCUGCUGGUGACAUGCAUGACAAUGGCGAUUAUAGUUUUGAAGAAGAGAUUGAGGAAUUAUCGGGUGGUUGGUCAUGAUCCUGAUUCAGGGUCAGAAAUGAUGCCACCGGCUGGUUGUAGUCCAAUUAAGAAGGCUUUGAUGAGAUCGAUAAGGUGGAGUAAUGGUAGUAAGUGGGCUGGAGAAGGAUCGCCGGAGUUGCUUCUGAUGGAAGCAGCAGUUAGAAGGAGUCAUAACUCGAUGUCGCCAGUUUGGCAAAGGCCGAUUCUUAUGGGGGAGAAAUGUGAAUUGCCUUGUUUUAGUGGUGUCAUUUUGUAUGAUGAAAGUGGUAGGCCUCUUCAUCAACAGGAGGAGAAUGCAGUGAGAAUAACUCUAAGGGAGCUUCUUCUUUAAUGUAGUAAAAAGUAUAUGCAUGGAUCUUUCCCAUUGUGUGUCUAAUUGGGAAAACUUCAUUUUAGUAGAUUGUUGAUCUCUUGAUAAGCUGAUAGAUGGAAUUUUGGGGAUCAUCUACAUCCUAAUUAAUGUAAUGGAGAAAGACAAACAAUGAGUUGAGAAAUCCAAAAUGGGAAUUUUGGAAUUUGAA